GCGCAGAAGCGUCACCCGGCGCAGCUCCCAUCAUGCUCUGUUGCUGCAGCCAGGCUGGAGCGCAGUGACACGUAGUCGGGACGAGAAGCGCAUGCGCAUUAGCUGAUCAAGAUGGCGGCGGUGCAGGAGGCUGCGGGCUCACAGUGGCUGCCGGAUAUGGAGUCUAUCAAGCAGGAGCUGGGCAGGCAGGACCCCACUGUGCUGUCCGUGGCUGUGGCACUCCUGGCCGUGCUGGUUACGUUGUUGCUGUGGAAAGUGCUGCGGAGGAGUCAGACUAGCCGCAGAGCUGUCCUUCUUGUGGGCUUGUGCGACUCGGGUAAAACCUUAAUCUUCAGCAGGCUCCUAACUGGAAAGUACAUGAAAACCCAGACUUCUAUCUCCCCCAAUACUGCUCUUUACAGAGUGAAACGUGAGAAGGGUUCCAGUUUUACAUUGGUCGAUGUUCCUGGCCAUGAAAGUUUGAGGGUUCAGUGCAUGGAGCAAUACAAGCCGGCAGCCAGGGCCUUGGUGUUUCUUGUGGACAGCUCAGCGUUCCAGCGUGAUCUGAAGGAGGUGGCCGAGUUCCUGUACCAGAUCCUGACAGAUGCUACAAUCGUGCGGAACGCACCUCCGAUACUGAUUGCCUGCAACAAGCAAGAUAUAUCCAUGGCCAAGUCAGCCAAGUUAAUACAGCAGCAGCUGGAAAAGGAAUUGAACACUCUCCGAGUCACCCAAUCAGCCGCUCCCAGCACUCUGGACAGCAGCGGUUCUCCAGCAAUCACACAGCUCGGGAAGAAGGGCAAAGACUUUGACUUCUCCCAACUUCCUAUGAAGGUGGAAUUUCUGGAGUGCAGCUGUCGGGACAGCAAGGAAGAAGAGGGAGACGCCAACCUCAGCAACAUAGAGGGCUGGUUGACCAAGCUGGCGUGAGAAAGAUGAUGUACAAACUGAACACUUGAAGUGUUUCCAAGGACUGUAUAGAUGAAAAUAAAUGGUCCUGUGAGACGGCCGCUUGUUUAUUCCACUGCUGGAAGGGCUUCUUAUGACAGCUUUUCAUAUACAGAACAAUGUUACAUAAAGCUGCUGGCUGCCUUCUUGCCUCUUCAGACCAAUUCACAUAUUGUUGUGCUAUAAUACAGUAUCAGAUGCAGAUGUGCAAAAGUAAAUUAUUAUUGAUGACAUGUUUCCUGUGUUUCUGAAGAACUUGCACGGGGUAUAAUUGUCACUUCAAAGCCUUGGCAGCAUACACAUGGGGCGAUAUUACAAACGAUAUCGCUCAGAAGGGUGAAUAAUGAGCGAUAUCACUUGUAAUAACCCAUAGUGUGUAUGCACCUUUAGUCUCUGCGUCUUAUAUCUGCUCAGUAAUAACUGUGACAAUUAGGGGACACUGGGGUAUAGACGGUGAUGAAUGGAGCCUGGCACUUUAACAUUUCUUGGUCACAGUGACAGGGAGUUAAUGUAAUUCGUUUUUUUAAAUUUAUUAAGUGCCUUAUAAACUCUUUGGUGUGGUGUCUUUACCAGACAUCAAUUUUGUCCUUGUUCUGAUCGCUGUCUGGAUCUGUGCACGACCCUAAAGAUGACUGAUGCCUUCCUCUCUCCCUACAUUAUUAGCCAUGUGAGUCUCAGAAAGGUUCCUAGAAGUGUCUUCACUGGCAAUGAAGAAAUGUACUGUUUUAGUGAGCGGAAAUAGCGCUCAUCUUUUGUAUAUAGUAUAUAAAGGUUCACCCAAAUAUGGCCCUCGGGGUCCCCUAACAGUCCAGGUUUUAAGGAUAUCCAUUAUUAAAUAAAGAUUGCUAAAUAAAACUGAGAAAGUUUGCUUGUACAGUACAUGUUUAGCCUUAAAACCUGGACUGUUAGGGUUCCUUGAGGAACAAUUUUGGGAAACACUGGUAUAGUUCGUUAGAGUAAGCAAUUCAUCUGUACAUCGAGUAAAGACACUUCAGAUAACCUAAAAUAAAAUUCCAGAAUUUGCAAAUAUAUUGGCAACAUCCAAAGCGAUCCAAUUUUAUUCUUAUAAAAUAACUGUUAUCCCUAAGGAGAUAUAUUGUUCUAGCUAACUAAGGGUAGAUGCCUGUUGGUUGCUCAUGUAAGUCAUAAUUGUUCUAUAGUUACUGUUAAGUCAUACUUAUCAUCCAAUAGGAAGUUUGAAUUACCCCAUAGAAGACCAUCCACAUGUAUGCCCAAACUGAAAGUCUCCAGCCCCCUGGCUUCUCCAUAUUUGGCCAUACACAUAGGGGGGUAUUCAGUUGUUAGGAAAAAUCAGACACCCAACUGACUUUUCAAACAUUUGAAUUCCCCCCAUAGAAUACUUGCCGAAUUACCAUCUGUGUAUGUGACUCAUUUCUGAGGGUUCUUGUACACAGGCAGAUUCCACUAAAUUCACCAUUGAUUUACACACACACACACAGUGCUCUUACCAUCUAUCCUCAUCUCUGGUUCAUAAUUUCACAGCUAGCGUAGGCAUUCAAAUGGGAAUGCGCUAGAAAAAGAUGGCAGAAUGUUUUGUGUAUUUUUUUUGUCUUGUGAGCGAUCACCUUUUGAAUGCACCUAUGGGUGCCGUAAUUAAACUUUCAUAAACUGCUUGUGGUAUUGGUGACAGGUUGCCUUUGAGUCAAUGUAUUUGUACUUUAAAAAUCACCCAUGUGCAGAAGUAGAUUACAUUUUAAAAUGAGCUGCUUUUGUUUGAUGUAUUUUAGGGAGGGAAAUUAUGUCACUUGUUAAAGAAAAAUUAACUUAUUGUGAUUAAUUAAAAAGCAACUGAUGGGAAUACUACUGUAAGAGGGCAGGAACUGAUUAACUAAAAAUGCAUUCUCCUGAUUACCAAAACCUGUACAUUUCUUAAUGUAACCCAAAGUGUCAGUGCGUCCUGUGCGAGUAAAUGAAUUCAGUGUAUAUCCAUUAUCACACUGUAGCAUCAUGAGAAACACACAUUGCUGUAUGUGGAACUAGCAUCCUAUUAUUUUAAAUGUAAUACAAUUUGGAGUGUAAUAGGUGAGUGCAGAACUUUGUUUGAAUAAGGUUUGGUCACAUACCUCUGGCAGAACAGAGAGAGAGAGAGAGAGUGUCAUGGAUUAGAGACCUAUAUAGCCCUAGUCACCAAAUGAGAAAUGCAUGUUUGACAAUAGCACAUGCUACACACAUCAGUCACAUAAGUUUUUGGCAAUUUUAAUAAAGUACAAUUAUAUAUAUUACAACAAAAAAGUGAAAAUAAAAAUAAAAUGUCAUGUAA